CACGUGGGGGCUGCGCCUGCGCAGAACGGUCACGUGGUGGCUGGCCGGGAAAAUGGCGGCUUCGGGGGAGAGCGGCGCAUCGGGCGGCGGGGGCAGCACCGAGGAGGCAUUUAUGACCUUCUACAGUGAGGUGAAACAAAUAGAGAAGAGAGAUUCAGUUCUAACAUCCAAAAAUCAGAUUGAAAGAUUGACUCGUCCUGGUUCCUCUUACUUUAAUCUGAACCCAUUUGAGGUUCUUCAGAUAGAUCCUGAAGUGACAGAUGAAGAAAUAAAGAAGCGCUUCCGGCAGUUAUCUAUAUUGGUGCAUCCUGACAAAAAUCAAGACGAUGCUGACAGAGCACAGAAGGCUUUUGAAGCUGUGGACAAAGCUUACAAGUUGCUACUGGAUCAGGAACAAAAGAAGAGGGCCCUGGAUGUAAUUCAGGCAGGAAAAGAAUACGUGGAACACACUGUUAAAGAGCGCAAAAAACAACUAAAGAAGGAAGGAAAGCCUACAAAUGUAGAGGAAGACGAUCCGGAGCUGUUCAAACAGGCAGUCUACAAGCAGACCAUGAAACUGUUCGCUGAGCUGGAAAUUAAAAGAAAAGAGAGAGAAGCCAAAGAAAUGCACGAAAGGAAACGGCAGAGAGAAGAGGAAAUCGAAGCCCAGGAAAAAGCCAAGCGAGAAAGGGAGUGGCAGAAAAACUUUGAGGAAAGUCGGGAUGGUCGAGUGGACAGUUGGCGAAAUUUUCAGGCAAAUACAAAGGGGAAGAAGGAGAAGAAGAAUCGGACCUUCUUGCGGCCACCGAAAGUCAAAAUGGAGCAGCGCGAGUGACCAGCAGGGCCAUGGCCUGAGCCGUUCCGGCCGUUCCCUCUGCUUCCAGGACUCACUCUUUUCCUCCUCCACCCCAACAUAGAGCAGCGUUGGCUUUUUAGUUUAUUUUGUUUUCCAUGCAAUUUAAUACCAAUCAAAGUAAUUCUCUGUACAUUGACAGGAGGGGCUGGGUCUAACCUUCCCUGUCCUUACCCAUGGAACCACCAGGAUCUGAAGGAGCCACUGACUCAAGCCGCCUUCUUUUCCCACAGCCUGUAACUUAAUGUUUCGUAUUUCACUGAAUUGUGGUGGCUCGAAGGUCAUACAUACUUAGUGGAGAUCCUUCAGUUAAA